CUCGUAUCACAAGAGGCUGCUCGCUAGCACUCACUGGGAAUAUAUCAGCUUUACCGUAAGCCCAGGAUCCGCUCGCAGCAAUAUCAGAACCCUGCUAUGCACCGAGGCUGAAGUCCUCCACCUGACGUUCAAUCCACGCUCGCUUCCCCCGUCCUUCUUUCGGCCAAGCUGGCUCCAACAGUCAUGGUCACGCAGAGCAAGUUCCCGACCAUGAGCCGGGCUCUGGACACCAGCCUACGGCUUAAGACCUUCUCCUCCCGAAGCGAGUACAACCUGGUGCUGAGUGCCGUACGCAAACUCCAGGAGAGCGGCUUCUACUGGAGCACCGUCACGGGCAGCCAGGCCAACCUCUUGCUGAGCGCGGAGCCCGCGGGUACCUUCUUGAUCCGCGACAGCUCAGACAAACGGCACUUCUUUACCCUCAGCGUCAAAACGGACUCUGGUACCAAAAACCUGCGCAUCCAAUGUGAGCCGUGCGGGUUCUCCCUGCAGACCGACCCACGCAGUUCGCAGCCGGUGCCGCGGUUCGAUUGCGUCCUGAAGCUUCUCAGACAUUACAUGCCCGCCAAGGAUUCUGGGAGCUGCGGCAAGAGGUCCUAUUAUAUUUAUUCUGGGGGAGAACGCGUUCCUCUGCUCCUUUCGCGGCCUUUGUCUUCCAACGUGUCCACCUUGCAGCAUCUCUGUAGGAAAGCGGUCAACGGACAGAUCGAGAACUUCGAGGCUCGGGAUCAGCUCCCUUUGCCCAUUAAGGAUUUUCUGCAGAAAUAUGACUCCCCCGUUUAACCGAACGAGCAAAUAAAGGGGGGAAAUCAGAGAAAAAAAAAGAAUAUGAAUUCUGAGAGCCACCAGCCGGAAUACUAAGGACACCUGGUGACGUCUGAGACAGAGUCUAGGUUGAAGAGAGAGUCCUUGGCGCUUUCCAAGAAGACUGAGACAAGAGAAAAGAUGUGAGUGGUGGCGUAGAGGGCCAAAAGGUGGCCGAGACUCCGUUAAGAGGGUCUCUAGAAGAAGGGGACAAGUCCAUCCCCGGUCGACAUGAUCGUCUGGACCAGCACAGCUUCAGUACCAAACGCUGCUUCCCCAACCUGCUUCCCGUUGCAUGCCGGGUGCAGGAAGCUGGACAGGGGGAGUAGUAUCAUUGCUGCACCAACAGACCAUGUUUUGGUUUCCUCCUCGGCAACGCCAGAACAGGUGGGUCUGAUUUCGCACUGAAUGUACAGCCGUAGCUAUACGGUCUUCUAAUUUAUUACAGAAUCACCUAUACAGCCUUAAAAAAAUAACAA